CUUCCCUCGUCAGCCUGAAGCUAACUGGGGAAUCAGGAAAGCGUCAAAGAUUUAUAAUUCUGUAAUGCUUGUGUAUAGUAAUAGUUUUUUAUUUGUUUGUCAGUUAGAUUAGAUAUAAACACAGCUAUUUCAGUUUGUAAAGCAUAACCAGUUACUUCGGUGCUUUAUAUGUCCUGUAGCGUAGCUUUAAUUAUUCGUUUGUGUUGUUAUUUUUGUAAGUUUUUUGUUUGUUUGUUUUGGUUUGUUUUUUUUGUAGUAAGAGUCCGCUAAUAGAUACGAACAGACGUCUAUGGAUAAAACACCUCUGAGAAAAACAUUACAGGAUGAAAUUCCUGAGCAAAGCUGUCCCAGUGUUGGCAAGCCGAUGAGUGCUGCACUGAAGGACAGAUUAAAAAGAGCACGGCGUUGUUUUACACCCCCACUCAGCAUGGUUAAAAGACUUAAAAUCGAUGAGGACGAGUUCCCACAGGCUUCAAAUAAGGAGACGACCCCGGGGGAUGAAGGUGUAAUUUAUGUCAACAGAAAUGAGUCUGGAAGAGACUGUCUGAAGAACUUGGGGUCAGAUUGUGCUCAGCGCUCUCAAUGUGAAUUAUUACAGCUUCGAGAGACGUUAAAGAGAGAUGUCAAGGAGAAAUCUGAAACUUUACGAAGGCUUAAGAUGGUCAAAAUGUACAGGAAAAAGAAUGAUCUGACACAGCUGCAAGGACUGACAGAUAAAUGGAGGCAAUGUGCUCAAGCAGCUCUGUAUGAAUUACAAACAGAAUUGCCUACAGAUGGCCAGACACCCAGCCUCUCCCAGCUCAUUGACCAUUUUGGACUGGAGGACAAUAUACUUCACUUCAACAGGACAGAGGAGGAAUUCACAGACAGCUGAUAUAUGACUUUAUUGUUUUUAUGUUAUUCAUAAUCAGCAGUCAGGUGUUUGAAUCUGUCUCUUUGAAGUGUUUAAAUCCACCAGAUUGACAGUGCAGGAAGAAAAUAAUGGUCCCAGUUUGUUCUUUUGUUUGAAAGAAAUAACUGUAUUUCUAAAAUUACAAAUGGAGCUUAAAGAUUGAGCUUUUGUUUUAUUUAUCGUACUGUUUUGCACUUUGUGGCACAUUGAUCUGUUUGCUCUCAUAGAACAUAAAUGCAUUUUGU